AUGUAUCCCUUCGAUGGAGAAUUUGCCGAGACCAGCGAGGCCACUGGCUUCGUCAUCAAUGCAAAGAAAGGAUUUGUUGUUACUAAUCGACAUGUUGCUGGCCCUGGGCCGUUCUGGGGGUGGUGUAUUUUUAACCGCAAAGAAGAGGCACCCUGCCGACCACUAUAUAUUGACCCGAUUCACGACUUCGCAGUUUUGCAGUAUGAGCUCAGCGCCAUUCGCUACACACAUAUAGAUGGCCUGGACUUGUGCCCUACUCGUGCACUAUGUGACCAGUCGGUGCUCAUAUUCGGCAACAAUGGUGGGGAAGAAAUUAGCCAACACCACGGAAGUGUCACUCUCGUGGAACGCAACGCUCCCGAAUACACAGACGGUUACAGAGACUUCAACAUCAGCUACUAUCAAAUCAACGUCAAUCUAAGUGGCGGCAUAUCUGGCAGCCCUGCGCUAAGCGCUGACGGGUCUGUGCUUGGCAUCGUAUCUGGUGCACGUACAGACUGUGCGAGUGUCUCCUUCGUCCUUCCAUCUACUGCCAUAGUAAAAGCUUUGAAGUAUUUGGUUCGAGGUGAGGCUGUCCCGCGAGGGGAUAUUCGCUGCCGCUUUAGAUUAACACCACUAUACGAGUGCCGCGGACUGGGGCUUAGCCGAGACUGGGAAGACAAGCUGCGCAAAGAACUCCCAAAUCGGGACGAGCUCCUGGUAGCAGACAGAGUUUUGUCAAAUGGACCGGCUUAUGGCAAGAUUCUGCCCGGUGACAUUAUUCUUGAUGUGAACAAGGUCUGUGUGGACAACUUUGAAAAGCUAGCAGACAUCUUGAACCAAAAAGUGGAGCAAACGGUACUUGUUGGCCUACUCAGGGAGACAGAAAUCAUGCAUGCUGAAAUCGCAGUCAAGAAUCUCGACACUAUCCCAGACAGACUCGUGCGUGUGGGGGAGAUGUUUUGUCAUGACCUGUCGCUUGUGCUAGCGGUUCGGCACGGUGUGCCGGUCGAGGGCGUGUACGUUGCGGAAUCGAGAGAGCCCACCAUGAUCGGCGACGGCUGCCCCGACUACAUUAUUCAAAGCAUAAACGGACGGGAGCUUCGCAAUGUGGACGACUUCCUUGCUUCAUUACAGGAGUUCCGACAGGGUCAAAGUUGUGAUCACUCUCGACGUUCCUAG